GGAUUUUAUCAGUUUCUCACAUGACUCACGUCACUUGACCGAGAAAAAGUUCAAAAUUCAUGAUACAGUGUAUAUCGAAAUGAUUGAGCUAUGUACGAAGAAACGAAUGUUAAUUGGCAUAACACUGUUAGGAGGAUUAACGAUAUUGGUAUUAAUUGUUGAGAGCCAUUGGACCGACAACCCUAGUAAACUUUAUUUGGAGAACUUUGAGAAUAAUACAAGAUGUAUUUCUGGAGAUGAAUAUGAAAUAACAUCGGAAUGUCAUCCGUGUUCUGCUUUUGAAAUAGCCAGUAAGAGUAUUGACGUAUGUGCUCAUGCCAGGUACAAAGAAGUUGUCAAAUGUAAAAGUGGAGAGGCUAUAACGAGAAGUUGUGACAGGGUAGCUUGGUUAGAAGAAAGAGCAUUUUGGAAGUUCGAAGUAUUUAUGUUCCUUUUGGCAUUAACUUCCUGUAUUAGUGUUUACUGGAGAGAAAAUGUCCUGAGGCAAAGAAUAAUACGAAAAGUAGCCAAACAACUGAAGGCUAGUGUAUAGCGUAGCUUUUUUUUGUGUAUAAAUAACUUUUUUUUAAAUUUCUUUACGACACAUUGGGCAGCUUAAAAAAAAAAAUGAACG